AUGUUCAUCCAUUGGAUUUUCCUGAUCUCAUGCGUCACUCUGAUCUCCUCCAAAAGGAUUCCAGGGCGCAUUGUGGGAGGCAAAGUGGUGGCAAUUAAGUCGGUUCCCUGGCAGGCUUCCCUUGAAAAGCGCGGAGAACCUUGGUGCGGUGCUGUCAUCUAUAGUGAGAAAAUCGUUAUAACAGCAGCUCACUGUACCGAAUUUCUUUGGCCUGCCAUUCUCUCCGUAAGAGUGGGCUCAUCGAACUCCGAAUCCGGUGGUCAGGUGGUGAGGGUAUCCAGAAUCCUGGCACAUGAGAAAUUUGGCGAAUAUUAUGAUAUAUCCGAUGACGUAGCCGUUAUUAAACUUAAAACCAGUCUCAAAAUGGGCGUCAGUGUCAAAUCCAUUCCACUGGCGAAUAGAUCUCCGAAACCUGGAUCUUUGGCUUCGGUUUCUGGAUGGGGAAGGAUAGGAUACAGUAUGGACCCUUCUAGAACUCUGCUGGAGACCACGGUAGCCAUAGUUGAUUGGCAUAAAUGCCGGAAAUCGUACUACGGGAGAGUCACGAAGGAUAUGAUUUGUGCCUCCGCCCCGGGAAAGGAUUCCUGCGCGGGGGAUUCCGGAGGUCCUUUGGUGUUCGGUGGCAAACUGGUUGGAAUAGUCUCAUUCGGGUACGGAUGUGCUGAUCCACAGUAUCCCGGUGUCUAUGCUGAUGUGGCUGAGCUCAAGCCAUGGAUCUUAAAAGCUAUCAAACGUCUGUAA